UUGUUCCAUUAGUAGCCACAGUCGUUUGAAGAUUGAUCGGUGUAGUUCACCAUGAGGAAGGUGUGCGCCAACCUAGACCGGGAGGACGGCCUGGACACCGUGCUCGAGGUGCCUGUCCCGGAGUCCCACCACGAGCCGUCGUCUGGACGCGGCGGCCGGCGCCGGCGCCGCACGGUCAAGGCGUGGGUGCGGUCGCACAUGAACCAGCGCCACGGGCGAGACGGCGCGCCGCCGCCGUCCCGGGCGGACGUGCAGCUCAUGCUCGGCGUGAUCGGCGCGCCGCUCGUGCCGCUGCCCGUGGAGGCGAGGAAAGCCAUGGCCGGACAGGACAUCAAGGAGGAGCCCAUUGAAGUGUCUAAGGCGAAGUACAUCGUCGAGCAGUACGUCGCGGCGGCAGGCGGCGAGCCGGCGCUGAGCGCGGCGACGAGCAUGUACGCGAUGGGCAAGGUGCGGAUGAGGACCGCCAAGGGGCAGAAGGCCAAGACCGGAAUGGGCGUGGUCAACGGCGGCGAGGUUGCCGGCGGCUUCGUGGUGUGGCAGAAGAUGCCGGAGAUGUGGUGCCUGGAGAUGGUGGUGGCCGGCGGCACCAAGAUGAGCGCGGGCAGCGAUGGCAAGGUCGCCUGGCGCCAGACGCCCUGGCAGCAGGCCCACGCCUCCCGAGGACCCCCAAGGCCGCUUCGCCGAUGCGUUCAGGGCCUUGAUCCGAAGUCCACGGCGAACCUCUUCUCGACAGCCACGUGGGUCGGCGAGAAGUGCGUCGACGGCGACGACUGCUUCGUGCUCCGCGUCGACGCCGACCCAUCGGUCCUCCGCUCCCGGAGCAGCGCCGACGUCGAGGUCGUCCGCCACGCCGUGUGGGGGUACUUCAGCCAGAGGACGGGGCUGCUGGUCCGCCUCGAGGACAGCCACUUGCUGCGCAUCCGCAUGCAGGGCGAGGCCGCCGAGACCGCCUACUGGGAGACCUCCAUGGAGUCAUCCAUCGGCGACUACCGCCCCGUCGACGGCAUCAAUGUCGCCCACGCCGGGCGCACCGUCGUUUCUCUGUCCCGUUUCGGUAGUGGCGGCGCCGAUGACGACGGCUCCGAUGCCGACUUGCGCGGUAAGAGGACGUGCACGUGCAUGGAGGAGACGUGGAGCAUCGAGGAGGUGGACUUCAACAUCAUGGGUCUGUCCACCGAGUGCUUCUUGCCUCCCAGAGACAUGAUACCAGCUUGCAGCUCCAAACCAGUAGAGAAGGACCAUGCCGCCGUCGACCUCAGCAGCAAGAAGGAAGCUGCUGCCGUUCCUGCAAAGUGUCCAGUUGGAAGUUGCAAGAACAGUGACGGCCGCAGCGGCCGUCCGGCGGCGGCAAGAAAGGCGCUUGUUCCGGCGGCGACUGGGCUAGGCUGGUUCGGGCCGGCCAAGGUUGUGGCGGUGGAAACCGUCGAGGCCGCCGAGUAAUUGUUGUCGGUCAGCGAGGAGGCUGUUUGUAUGAUGCAUGCAUAGUUCCGGAGGCGUGUGUUGCGGCGCCCCGUCCACUAGCAGCAACAAGAUCUGUAUAGUUUUUCUUUUGCUCUGCCUAGUGCAUAGUUGGAGGUCAGUUGAGAACCAGCAUGGAUCUUUUCCUCCACUGGAGUUCUCUUAAUUAUUUGAAUAGUCUGCAGGAAAAAAGGGAAUCAUAUGAU